AUGACACCUUCAACCAAGACAACUGCUGCUGCUAGCGGCCGAAGAAAAUCCUCGAAGGCGACCAUGAUGGUUACGCUGAAGCUGCCGCCCAAACUCCUUACACGAUUUGGACCUGCUCCGGUCGCCGAGGAAAAGGUUGCAAAGGUCGAGAAGGAUGAAUCCCCAUCAAAGGAAUCGUCCUCAACCAUCGCCAAUACGCUGCCCGUCGCGAACAGCACGAAUGGCGACGCUCUCUCCGAGUCUGCCGCCAACACUCCUAUUGCUGCUAGCACUCCUGUCCCGUCCUCGAUGCCCCCUCCUACGGAGAUUGUCAAGAAGAGAGGUGUUAAGAGAUCUGGACCAGCUCUAGGUCCUGAUGGGCUCCCUAAGCCUCGAGGCAAGCCAGGACCCAAAAAGAAGGCAAGAUUAGAGGACGGUUCAAUCGAUCACUCAGCCAGCGCGCCUCGAGCAGCAAAUGGUACCGCAGCCCACAAACUCGGACCAAAAGCCAACCAGGGUGCGAUCAAUGCCGGUCUUCGCGCUCUCGACCGGUCAGGAAAGCCAUGUCGCAAGUGGCAGAAGGGGUCGUUCAAGUUGAAAAGCUUCACUGGUGUUGUGUGGGAGAUUCCACGAUGGACUGCACCACCCCGAAUCACUAUCCAAGCCAAUUCCGAGAGCUCUACAUCAGGGGACAGCAGCAGCAAGGAGAACAAGGACAACAGCCAGAUGGAGAGCGAGAAGAGCGAGAAGAGCAAUAAUGGUGUCGAUGUCGACAUGAAGAGCAAUGUCAGCAACCUCGUCUCAUCGCCUGCCCCUUCGCUUCCUCCACCACCUUCCUCGGCCACACCUGUCACACCAGCUCCCGCCGUCGAGACUUCCGCUUAA